AGAUCAUAGACACCAGAACCCUCAAUAUUCAUACAGUUGCUCCAACACUCCUUCAUCACGAUGAUCUUCAACUCGCUCACUCUUCUCUCCCUCAUCGCCGGUGCCCAGGCUGUCGGCCGUGCCAUCGUCACCAACCAGUGCGACGCCCCCAUCUAUCUCUGGUCUGUCGGCAGCGAGAUCGGACCUCAAGUCACGCUCGGACUUGAUCAGUCCUACAGCGAGCAGUUCCAUCGCGAUCCAAAGUCGGGUGGCAUUGCCAUCAAGAUCACCUCCGUGGAGAACGGGCUCUUCCAGCCAAACGUCAGCCAAACGAUAUUCGCGUACAACCUGGAUGGCCAGACGAUCUGGUACGAUAUGAGCGAUGUUUUCGGGGAUGGAUUCGCUGGAAGGACUAUGAUCGUUCAGCCCUCGGAUACGUCCUGCCAGAGCAUUGCGUGGGGCCAGGGUAUCCCGCCGGCAGGCAGCCAGGUGAAGAGCUGCCAGGCUGAGACGGACCUGGAGCUGACCUUCUGCACUGGACAUUGCUUGCCCUCGUGGAGUCUUUGCGGCGAUAUGGCACCUGGAGAUUAUCGUCACUGCUGCACGCAUUGCAUUGGAAGCCAUCACUGCGUCGCAGCGCAGGCAGGUUAAGUAGUACUUUGGGAGAAAGCUGCAAACCCUCGGAAUUUAUUUACUUCAUCUUCCCAACGAAAAUCACAUUCAUGCAUAGGAGUGUUUGACACAUUUCGAGAUCAAGUUAUCGUCGGUAGAUCACCUUUCAUCAUUUCGCUUCCUAAGAGAGCAGUCCUUUUG